ACAUUUUAUAAUUUAAAUAUCUAUAUGAAUUUCUAAGCUCUAUAUCUCAGUCUCUCAGACUCUCACUGAACCCCUCUUUCCCCAAUUUCUUCAAAUCUAGGGUUACUGAGUGGCAAAGAAACCAGAACGAACACAUUCAUUCGUUGAUCGUUUUGUGCUUGGAGCCCUGUUCAUUGUCCGUACAAAAAGCUGACAUUUUUAGAGGCAUUGCGGGACAAAUUCAAUGAAGCGAGGCAAGGUCGACUCGAUGCUGCCUCCGAGUCGACUCGGAAUGGUUCAAAUUUUGAUUGGUGCAGUGUUCGUCUACUUGCUUUUCAUCACCUUCGAAAUCCCUCACGUGUUGAAGUACGGAUUCGGGUCGUCGGGUUCAGACGACAGUCUCGACGCAUUGCCCAGAACGUUCAUGCUCGAAAGCGAAGAGGAAAUGGGCGAGAGAGACGCCCCAAGUAGACCCACGGAGGACCCGUUUCGGGACUCUGGAGGCUCGCCGUCUAGGACCCCCCAGAGGCGAACGCGCGAGGUCAAGAAAGUGUCGGGCUUGGUCUUCAAGGACACUCUGUUUGACACCAAUGUCAGUAGAGACCAAGUCUCUGAGCUUCACAAAGCCGCCAAGAAUGCUUGGACAGCUGGGAAGAAGCUCUGGGCCGAGCUCGAGUCAGGGAAGCUCGAGUUUGGCCUGAAGAACAAGUCCGAGAACCGCUCCGAGCCGUGCCCGCACUCGCUUAUACUAUCCGGGUCCGAAUUUGAGGCCCGAAAACGGGUCAUGGUUCUUCCGUGCGGGAUGACUUUGUGGUCUCAUAUAACGGUGGUAGGUACGCCGAAGUGGGCCCACUCGGAAUAUGAUCCGAAGAUAUCGAUGUUGAAGGAAGGAGACGAAGCAGUGAUGGUUUCGCAGUUUAUGAUGGAAUUGCAGGGUUUGAAGAAUGUGGAGGGGGAGGACCCACCGAGAAUAUUGCAUUUCAAUCCGAGGUUGAAGGGGGAUUGGAGUGGGAAGCCAGUGAUUGAGCAGAACACUUGUUAUCGGAUGCAAUGGGGGUCUGCGCUUCGGUGUGAGGGUUGGAAAUCACGGGCUGAUGAAGAUACUGUUGAUGGGCAGGUGAAAUGUGAGAAGUGGAUUCGUGAUGAUGAUGAUCACUCAGAAGAAUCAAAAGCCACAUGGUGGUUGAACAGGCUGAUAGGACGAACGAAGAAGGUGACGAUAGACUGGCCUUACCCUUUUGCAGAGGGAAAAUUGUUUGUUCUUACUGUAAGUGCUGGUUUGGAAGGUUACCAUAUCAAUGUUGAUGGUAGGCAUCUCACUUCUUUCCCUUAUCGCACGGGAUUCGCUCUUGAGGAUGCAACUGGACUAUCUGUAAAUGGAGACAUUGAUGUGCACUCUGUGCUUGCUGCCUCCUUACCCACAUCACAUCCUAGUUUUGCACCAUCGAUGCAUCUUGAGAUGGUUACCAGAUGGAAAGUUCCGUCUCUUCCCUAUGGACAUGUGGAGUUGUUCAUUGGCAUUCUGUCUGCUGGCAACCAUUUUGCGGAGCGGAUGGCUGUGAGAAAGUCUUGGAUGCAGCAUAAGUUAAUCAAAUCUUCUCGUGUUGUGGCUCGUUUUUUUGUAGCUCUGCAUGGAAGAAAUGAAGUGAACAUGGAGCUAAUGAAAGAAGUAGGAUAUUUUGGUGACAUUGUUAUAGUUCCUUAUAUGGAUAACUAUGAUCUUGUAGUAUUGAAGACUGUUGCAAUUUGCGAAUAUGGGAUUCGGACAGUGCCUGCAAAAUAUAUCAUGAAGUGCGAUGAUGACACAUUUGUCAGGGUGGAUGCUGUGCUCAAGGAAGUGCGGAAAGUUCAUGGACAUAGAAGUCUCUAUAUUGGAAAUAUGAACUACCACCACAAGCCUCUUCGCCAUGGUAAAUGGGCAGUGACUUAUGAGGAAUGGCCAGAAGAAGAUUAUCCAUCUUAUGCGAAUGGUCCGGGAUACGUUCUCUCCUCUGACAUAGCAAAGUUCAUCGUAUCCGAUUUUGAAAAGCACAAGUUGCGAUUGUUCAAGAUGGAAGAUGUGAGCAUGGGAAUGUGGGUGGAGCAGUUCAACAAUUCUAAACCGGUGGAGUAUGUGCACAGCUUGAAGUUCUGCCAGUUUGGGUGCAUCGACGACUAUUACACCGCACAUUACCAAUCCCCGAGACAGAUGAUAUGCAUGUGGGACAAGUUGCAACAUCAAGGGAAACCCCAGUGCUGCAAUAUGAGAUGACCAUGGUGCAUUAUCAAACAUUUUUUCUUUACAAUAUAGAGAAUGUGAAAAAGAAUACAUAGAAACAAGUUUACAGUCAUAGUAUACCGCUGUAAAUAUUCGGUGGGGGUUAAUUAUAAACCUUUUCCAAAUUCUGUCAAAUUUUCUCUUGGUUUUUUUUGCUUUCUCAGUCCCUCAUUUACAUUAUUUACGAUCGAAGAAAAGCUGUAGAGCACCAAAAAAACGAAUGUUCUUGAUUGAAAUCAGAAAGAUUCGACCC